CAGAUAUCACUCCGCACUAUAUUGACACACGGUAAUGGCGACGAUAGGUAGGUGCGCGUAACACAUUUGGAUUUACCUGUGAAAUUCACUUGAAACAAGUGUUUUAGAUUGGAUAUUUUUGGAUAAAUCGCUUCACUAAGACAUUCUGAUUUUCAUGCCCUAUUAUGAGUUUCUGUGCUGUGGACAACAGCGAAAUGACCAAAAGUGAUAAUAACUAGUUACUAUGGAUACCAAGAGUGAUAAAUAACUAGUAACCAUGGAUACCAUUGACUCGGCGCUGCCAGUGUGUAACAGCGACUGGUAUGAUACCUGGGAUCGUAAAACUGGCCAGUCUUUUGCCAAUGCGGCAAAAGGACUACAAAAUGCUCCUGGCGAAAACAACUGUUUUAUGAAUAGCGCUGUCCAGGUAUUUUGGCAUAUUGAUGUUUUCCGCAGAAGUUAUCGACGAUUGACAGGCCAUCUAUGUAUGGGUCACUCGUGCAUCUUCUGUGCAUUAAAGGUGAUAUUUACCCAGUUCCAGUACAGCGACCAGUCAUCAUUGCAGCCGAGCGUUCUGCGGAAGGCCCUUGCCACUACGUUCGCCACGCAGGAACGAUUUCAGCUCGGGCAUAUGGAUGAUGCCGCAGAAUGUUUUGAGAACAUAUUGAACCGCAUCCACUACCACAUCGCCAACCAGUAUAAUGAGGAUAAGUGUGCAGCCCCACACUGCAUUCCACAUCAAAAAUUUGCAAUGGCCAUUUCCGACCAGCUUGUAUGUCCAUGUGGGGCACAAUCGGAGCCGUUAAAGUUUUACGAGAUGGUCCACUACAUAUCGGCAAAUGCUUUAGUGUCCCAGUCGCGUACAAUGCAGGAGACCGGCGAUGUCCUUCAUCCGAGCAGGUUUGGGCUCCUUCUACGGAGCGCUGGUGCUGUCGGGAAUGUUAGAGAUUGUCCAGGCAAUUGUGGCAAGAGGGUUCAGCUCAGAAAAACGUUGCUGAAUGUACCCGAUGUUGUGAGCAUUGGAUUGGUUUGGGGCUCAGACAAGGCAGACCCAGACCUGACCGCGGAGGUGACACGAACCAUUGGCACCAUGAUUCUCCUUCCUGACAUGUUUCACUCGGUGAUGUGCAAUAACGCAAAUGCGUUGCCGCGGUUGCAUCUGACGGCAGUCGUUUGUUACUACGGCAAACACUAUUCGACCUUCAUCUAUCACACGAAGCUGCAGGAGUGGAUCUACUUUGAUGAUGCCACUGUCCGUCAGGUCGGUCCACACUGGGAGCAGGUUGUGGAGCGUGUCGCACGGAGCCGCUACCAGCCUCUUCUCCUUAUCUACACAAACCCCAAUGCAUCCUCUGUCCCCACGGAGACAGCACCAAACUCUCGUGUAAUGGCCCCCGGUUAUUCCAUGAACCAAGCUAAAGAUUCAAAAGAAGAUGCUAAGAAACCAUCAGUUCCAGAAAAGAGUCAUACCUCCACAAGCAAACGUUGCACAACACCGAGAAUGGAGGGAGGGGUCAGUUCACACCCCGAUAAGGAAGCCCUAGAGAAGAGCUCAAGCUUCGAGCAUAGACGCCAGUCGAGUUUCAUGUUAGCGGUCACAAAACCCAAAAAUAGGGACGAAGAUAUCUAUGCUGUGCCACAUAAUAACAGUAAAGUAAUGAAUUGUCAGAGAGACUUGAGCAGACAAGACUCAAGACAGGGGUAUAUCAAACACAGUCAAAGUGCCGGGCAGAUUGGAGACAGGGUUGAUGGGAAUGGGGACGUCUAUAAUUACACGCUCUCUAACAGCGAUCACCAUCGAAGACCUAGCUUGAAUAGUCCGGAUCACAACAAGCUUCCACUGACUCCGAAUUUUUCCCGUAAUGGGGAAGUUCAAGGUCAGAGGAAGGACAGUUUUAAAAAAGGGAAAGUCCAGGCAGAUGUUAUCAGAUUUCAAGUUGAUGCUGCGAAGAGGAAUUCGCAGUCAUCGGAGUCCGACAUGAACAGUGAUUGCCAAGGAUCAGUAAAUAGUAACAGUAGUAGUAAGCCCUCAUUGCCUGCUAAACCCAAGCACUUCCGUACAAGAUCUCAAAGUCUGGAGGACAAUCUUGGUGGUAUGGCUGAUGGUGGCAUGAAUACGGGUACCUCAAGUCACAAGGUGAUCAAGCCCCAGGCCACCAGCGCCCCUGUUUUCAACAAUAUUGACUCUGUCACCAGGGCACAUACCCCUGUACAAUCAGGCCUUGCCACCCUGCCAAGGCACAAGAAACAUGGCAAUGUGAUCUCAAGCAGCAAAGUCAACACUUCAUCAUCCUCAUCCUCCACAGUGGCUCAUGGUCAGCACACCAUGGGCCCAAACCCCCACCCCCCAUACGUGAUGGAAGAACCACCACCCCCCUACACACCAGUUGGUCAAUCCGCCUACACCAGCUGUCUCACAUACCAGAAUGUUGUAGAAAAUGACAUGCACACUCGACAGGGCUCAAACAGCAGCAUUCUGAGCUCAGGAACAAUUGUUGAGUGCCCCAUCAAUGAGGAUGGGUCAUCCACUCACAAUAGGCAGCAGUCAACAACCAGUCAGGACACACUUACUGAUAAGCCAAAGAAACCAAAAGGUAGAGGUGAGAAGAAAGAGGACAUACAAAAGAAAACUGAAAAGAAAGUUAAAAGCAAAAAAGAACGAUCAAGUAAGGGAACAUCUGAUAAGCCCCCGCCUGUGCCAGAUAAGAAGAGUGCAAAGGAUGAAGGGUUUUCGGAAGAAAAGUUAGGCUACAUAGACCGAAGAAUGGUGGAGAGUGUGUUGAGUUUUCAGAAGUUACAGCGUUCGGGCUCAUGUGUGAGUCAGACUAGUAACAGUAGCCUUGACUCAGAUAGUUACAAGGUUGGUCAUGGGCCGACACCCAGAGACAAUCUCUCCUCGGAUGUUCCAUUUGAUGCAGCCUCUCUAGACUCACACAAAGAUUCGGGCUAUGGCAGCAGUGACAGAAACAGCUCCAGCUCCACUGGCAGCAUCACUAUGAACCCCUAUGAACAAUAUUUCCUUUCAAGAAAUAUGAUUCCUCCAAAGACUCUUAAUCAGCAGGCCAUGCAUGAAAACAUGCAGAAACUUUUGAGUGAUGGUCCGUCAAUGGCGGGGCUUGGAUGCACUAGGGAGAAAGACUUGAUGUCUGUACUCCCUGGCCCUGGGGAUUUCGCACAGACAGGAUACACCGUGGGGCGGGUCCAGCAGCAUGGGGCUCCCAGGGGACUGCCCGGCCAACACCCACACGAUCUCAACACCCUGCCAAAUGCCUAUGGCGAGCCACACUGGGAAAGGGGGAAAGCAGCUCCGCCCAAUAAACUGGGACCUGAUAUCAGAGGAAAUACCGUGCAUGGUCCUAGACCAGGGGUAAAUGGUCAUCCUCAGAACCAGAUUUUUCAGAACGGGCCGGGUCAUCAUGUGCAACAACAACAACAGCAGCAGCAGGGAAACGCCCUAAAGGGAGUUGGCCAACAACCUAUGCCAACUCUCCCAGAAGCAGGUGUCAGCCCCGACAGUGAGCAGUUCAUUGGGCUGUGUCAACGUGCCGAGGAGAUUAUGGAUGAUUGUGUCCUUGCGGAGACGUCCCAGCAUUACGGGGACGCCGUAGGCCAGUGCCAGCAUGCCAUAGACCUCCUCAAGCAGGCAAUGAGACUGCCCAACAUUGGUCAAACCUCAUACAACUAUGCCCAGAAGAAGUCUAAUGCCUGCGUGAUUAAACUCCGAAGUUUACAGAAAUGGCUUAAUAAUUCAACGAACAGCAGCGAUGGUGGAGCUACAACUGACUACAGGUCAAGGCAGCACAAAUCUCAAGGUCAAGGUCGCCCAUCAUCCGGCACUGGAUCCCAAAACUCCAUGGAUAGCGUAAGCACAAGUAGUUCCGGGCGGAGUAACACACCAGUGUUUGACAAGGUCAUGCGGCCAUCCACAGAUGAGCGAGUGCCCCCGGUUGACCCCCAUUUGCCACAUGGGGACUACCAAAUAAAUGCUAACAAAGACAGAAGUUUUGAGACUGGCAUUCCGGACACGAGUAGUGCUUCUAACCCUAAUAACGCUGAUCUCUAUGGAACUCUUCCAAGGAGAAAGACAAAAAAGUCUCCGGAUCACGUACGACAGUGCAAUAAUCAGAAAAACGAGGCGGAGGUUUAUCAGGACUUUCUUGAUGGACAGAGAAGACAAAGUGGUGGCCAUAGUAGAAGCAGUUCUGGUGCAAGAACACCAGUCAAUGAAUUGAACGAUAACGGUGAUCUCAAUCAUUCUGGCCAAACUGUGCAAUACGAUAACUCUGAUAAUAAACAAAUGCAUUUGGCACCAUCAAAUUAUCAGACAGGUCCUCAGCAAAGUGAUGCUUCUGCUUUUGGGCGGCAUUUUACAGAGCAGGGAAUGAGCUUCACCUACAGUAGGAUGAGUCAGGGCUUGAAGCCCAUACCUGUCUCCCCUCCAAAGAUUGAAAACCAGUCCAAACAUACAGAGAGUCAACCAGACCUUCGAGCGAUGGCCAGAGAUGGGGCCAAUGUCCCUCAACGACCCCUCACUCCCCAAGUUCUUUGUCCCCAGGAAGGGGGUGAGGGCGAAACUCAACCUCUGGUAAGCGUCAGAGAUCUCAAGUCACGUUUUGAAUCUACAAGAAUUAAUGACACACAAGAUUGGAGCUCAGAUAGUCAAGGAAAGGCUGUGAAUGGAUCUGGAUCAAGUGGAUCUAAUUCAAAUGUUGGACAUGUAAGGCCUGAAACCACAGCCCCUUUGCAAAAACCUCAAGUGGCUUUUCAGAGACAGCGUAGCAAGUCUGAGUCUGAAUCAAAGGCACAGAUGCCACAGAAACCGAAGUCAGUGUUAGCAAAGAAAAACAAGGGGGGUGAUAGACUUAGUAAGCCUCGUAAGUCUGUGACUUUCAACACAAGUGUGUGCCUUGUUGAGGCUACUGGGGAAUGGAACAGUAUUCAUGGUGAUCAUGACAAUGAUGUGGAUACGGAAUCAGAAAGAAGGGGGAUGCAUGAUGAUACAGACAGCACGUCAAGUGGGUCCCCUGUAGUUGGGGAUCUAGCAUGUAUCCUCUGCCAUAAGCAGGGUGUCGAGGCCGGACAAGCCUACUGCCCUAAGUGUACAUAUUAUAUGCAAAAAUACACACCAACAUGAUGCUGAGAGUUCAGUGUAAUUGUGUAUUUUGUCACUCUAAUGCAAAGAAAUCAAUGCCUGUAUAUCAUUAUGAUUGCCAAAAGGGCCUAUUCACAUUUAAAAUCAUAAGACUGAUAAGCCUUUUUGGUAAUCAAUUGAUGAUAUCGAAAUCAUUAAGUUCUCGCAUUAAGGUAAAUUUCGAUUUUCUUGGUCUCAGUAAUGCAUUUUGAUUGGAAUUACCAGUAUGCUUUUAAAUGUAUUUGUGCACUAAUUAAUGAUCUCAAAUGACACAGCAAUUGAUCUGUAUUUUAUGUGCUUAGAAUUGUAUAGAAAUUAUGUUUAAUUAUGUGUAAUAUGUAAUUUGAUGAAUGAUAUAUCUUUAAACCUUUCCUUGGCUGAGAGAUUUAUCACAAUUACAAUUAUAGAGCAUUGUUUAUAUUGUGAAAACUUACAAAAUUUAACAUUGUCGGAACCUGCCUCACAUAGUCAAUAGCACAACACUAUGUCGAUAAUUCAACAUGAAAUAAUGAGAUACCUUGAGUAUCAAACAAUGAGAUUAUAAAUGCUUUUCAUGUUUACCUUUACAAAAUGAUUUCAUCUUUUCCUUUUAGGCUUGGUUUAAAAGAAAAAAGUGUGUUUUAUAAUUCCUUAACAUUCCAAAGGUAUAUUGUUACAGUAUAUUUGACCACUUGUGUUCAAACAUAAGUCUGUUUUGUUAUACUCUUCAUUCCAUUAGUUUGAACUUGUUAAAGAUUAACCAUUUUAACACAUGUUAAUGAAUUUUCCACCAAGAUUUGCUUUUUAAAAUGUUUGCAUUUUAAAAGGGUUGUGCAUUUUAUUUUUCUAUAUAUAUACACUUGUGAACUGUACAUUGUUGGUUUUAACUGGCAUUUUUCCAGUCUUGUUUUAUUGUCUUUUUAACAUGUUCUCUUUACUGUAUUGGCUAGUCAAUUCCAGUAAAUAUUGUACUGUCUCUCUGGAGUGGGUAAAAGAAAUUGAUGUGACACUAAAAUUAGAUAAUGUCUUCCCCCUUUGAAAAAGAAAAUUGAAUCAAAGAAGAUGGUUGUAUACAGGAUUUUUAUUUAUCUAUUGUUUUUACAUCUCUUGAUUGUUUUUUAAAUGUUAUGAAAGUUAUUUAAUGUAAUAAAAUCAUAUAUUAUAAACUUUAUACAGUAUAUAUGGUAGAAGAACCUUUGAAAAUGCCCCCAAAAAGUUAAUUAAAAUGAUUAUUUUGGUGGGAAUUUUGUUUGCUUAUGUAAGAAAUGGGGGGUGGGGGAUGGGGUCAUUUUGUCCGUAAAGAAUAUUUUCAUCAGGUGCAGCUCAGUGUCAUUUCAAUUGUUUUUACUCACUCCCAGAACAAUUUAAACCAUGAAAUCCACUUACAAAAUUCUUACAAAUUGCUUAAUUGACACUAAAUUUGUAGACACAAAGUGUACGUUAUUGCAUGUAGUCCUAUAGCUAAUGUUUACUAUGAUGAUAUUUGUAGAUUGUUGAACACACGCCUUUGAUGAAAACUGCCUGUGAUAUGAGUUAUCAUAAUAUUAUGAUCAAAUCUCAUUGUUGUCUUAAAAUAUUUUACUGAUCUUCACUUUUAUGGUUCGUUGACCAGGGAUAUGUUUAUAAAGUGUGAAUAAUGUGUUGGUGUAGGAUUUAGUAGUGUUUACUGUUAACUGAACUUUUUAACUGCAUAAAGUAGUAAAUAACAUACAUUCCACAUUUGGUCAGGAGUUGCAAGGGAGAGAACUCAAAAUCAAAAUUAUGUGCCUUUAUGUGCCAUUUUAUUCAGUUUAUGCUUUUUCCAGAGUAUGAUGACUGAUUUUAGCACUUUAGUGUAUGGUUUAUAGCAAACGAAAAUAUCUUAAAUAUGCAUCUCCGCUCUUACUAGGAUAUGAUGAUAAUCAAUAUUUAUUAAUCAAUUUGUGUAACAGUAUUACUGAAGUUCACUAAUUUGAAAGAAUUAAUAAACUCCAUUAGAUGUGGUAAUAUUUAUUCCUACACAUACAUUAUGUCAUUUUUCAUCUCAAUAAUUUGUUAUAAUCUGUUCAAACUAACUGGCAUGGCUGAUCAUGGCUCUGUUAGCAGUUUCAUAUAUUCAACAUAUCAAUUUCCAUAUCAUAUAUCUUGUUGUACAUUAUAAUGUUAGAUAUUUGAAAUGUAUUAUUA